AUGGGCAACGGAUCAAUCAAAGGCCCACGUGUGGAGGAGAACGGCGUGGGCUCGCCGGGGGCGGCGCUGGGGUUAAAGGUCGCCCCUGGCGGGGACGUAGACGGGGGAGACGGGGGUGGUGGGCGGGGUCUGGAGUGGGAGGCGGAGCUUCUUCGUGGGCGUGUGGCGCGUCUGGAGGAGGAGCUUGCGAGGCGAGAGCGGGAGUUCCGCGCACAGGAAGUCCAGCUGCAGGCUCUCCGCCGCGAGCUCGACGCCAAGCGCUCGCAGAUCGACAAGCUGCAGGACGCCAUCGGCUACCACCGUCACCGCGGCAACAACGCCCUGGCGCCCUGGCCCUACUCGCCCCCCCUCCACCAGACCCACGCGGCGGGGGGGUCGCCGUCGCCGUCGGCGACGCGUCACAGCCGACGCCUGCUGAGCGUCAUCAACCAGGGCCCCGCCCGCUUCCAGCGCGUCGCCGUGGAGGUGCACCGUCGCCUGCGCGCCAAAGAGGGCGUGUCCGCCGAACCCAGCUCCUCCCACCGCCACAGCCGAGCGCAUCACCUGUCUGGGGAGAAGGCACGAGUGCGCAAGGACUCCAGUACGAGGCGUCUGAUAACGGAGGCGCUGCUGAGCAAUGACUUCCUGAAGCGGCUGGAGGUGCAGCACAUGCGUGAGAUGGUGGACUGCAUGUGUGAGCGCGUCUACGGCCAGCAGCAGCUGCUCAUCCAGGAGGGCCAGCCAGGACACUACCUCUACGUACUGGCAGAGGGCCUGCUGGAGGUCAGUCAGAAUGGGAAGCUCUUGGGUCAGAUGCGGGCAGGGACGGCCUUCGGGGAGUUGGCCAUCCUCUACAACUGCAAGAGGACCGCCACCGUUACAGCGGUGGCUGAGUCGCACAUCUGGGCUCUGGACAGACAAAUGUUCCAGAAAAUAAUGAUGCGGUCGACUCAGGCCCAAAAUGAAGAGUACUUCAGUUUCUUACGCAGUGUGUCUCUCCUGAAAGACCUGCCUGAGGAGAAGCUGGCCAGAAUAGUGGACUGUCUAGAGGUGGAUUACUUUGAUGAAGGAGACUAUAUCAUUCGUGAGGGAGAGGAAGGGAGCACAUUCUUCAUCAUUGCUGAAGGAGGGGUGUGUGUGACUCAGACCAUGGAAGGGUGUCCUGAUCCACAGCAGAUUAAGACUCUCGGGGUCGGAGAUUACUUUGGGGAGAAAGCGCUCAUCAGUGAAGAUGUCCGAUCAGCUAACAUCAUCGCCACAGAGAACAACACACAGUGCCUCGUCCUGGAUAGAGAUAACUUUAACCAGAUGGUGGGCACUUACGAGGAGCUGCAGGCGUACCUGAGAGAAUACGUGGAGCAGCUCGCACGCAGCGACCAGAGGAGGAACGCUGUGCCCCAGUCUCCUGUGCAGGGGGAGUCGAGUGCUGAGUCGCUGGAGCUGCGGCGUCUGAGGGAGAAGCUCCUCCUCCUGCCCUCUCCCUGCUGCCCCCUACAGCACAUGCAGCGCAUCGCCACCCUCGGCAUGGGCGGCUUCGGACGCGUUGAGCUGGUGAAGCUGAAGGAUGAGGACAUGGGCUUUGCUCUGAAGUGCAUUAAGAAGAAGCACAUCGUGGACACCAGGCAGCAGGAGCACAUCUACUCUGAGAAGAACAUCCUGCAGCAGAUACACUGCCAAUUCAUCGUCAAGCUGUACAGGACGUUUCGGGAUGACAAGUGUGUGUACAUGCUGCUGGAGGCCUGUCUGGGGGGAGAACUAUGGAGCGUGCUGAGGGACAUGAGCUGCUUUGAGGAUGCCACGGCUCGCUUCUGCAUUGGCUGUGCGCUGGAAGCCUUCGACUACCUGCAUGGAAAAGGCAUCGUGUACCGCGACCUCAAGCCCGAGAACCUGCUACUGGAUGCAGAGGGAUACGUCAAAAUGGCAGACUUUGGCUUUGCGAAGCGCAUCGGUCUGGGGAAGAAGACCUGGACCUUCUGCGGGACGCCCGAGUACGUGGCCCCCGAGGUCAUCCUGAACAAGGGCCACGACUUCGGCGCCGACUGCUGGUCCCUCGGCAUCCUCAUCUUUGAGCUGCUCACCGGCAGCCCCCCGUUCACGGGGUCGGACCCCAUAAAGAUCUACACCAUGGUCCUGCACGGCAUCGAGAAGGUGGACAUGCCCAAGCGCAUCGGCAAACGCCCAGAGGACCUCAUCAGGAGGCUGUGCAAGCUCAACCCUGCAGAGAGACUCGGCAAUAAGAAGAAUGGCAUCAUAGAUAUCAAGAAGCACAAGUGGUUCCAGGGCUUCAACUGGGAGGGUUUACGGCGGGGCAAGCUGGCAUCUCCCCUGAAGAGAGAGCUGAAAGGCCCUCUGGACCACAGCCACUUCGACAUGUUCCCACCGGACCUGGAGGAGCCUCCAGAUGAGCUGUCGGGCUGGGACAAGGACUUCUGA